CUGUGUAGAAAAAAGGCGCCUAAACUAACCAUCUAUUUUUAUACAAUUUUAGGGGUAAAAUUUGAAUUUUUUUCGAAAAAUUAUCAUAGAACUUUGUUGAAUAAUUAUUAAUAUCACGGUUGAAAAUCAUCCAAUUCGAAAAAAUAGUCUUUUAGGGUAGUUUUCUGGCGUUGUUUCGGGGGUUAUUUGAAAGGAGUUCGAUCCAACAUGGAGUCUGACGAGAAGCCAUUUGUUUGUACGUCCCCAGGUUGUGGUCAGAGAUUCGCAAAUAACGACCAUCUAGAAAGCCAUAAACAGAAACAUCAGUUGUCUCUUAAGUUGCCUGGCAUUGGAAAUCUUAAGACUAGUGAUAUUUUAGGCUUAGCAGAUCAGACUCCAACACCUACCAGAUUUUUAGAAAAUCUUGAGAAAGAAGGCUUAUUUCAAGAUCUUGAGUCUAACAACCCAUUUGACCAGGAAUUCAAAAGAGCAAAUCCAAAUUCAGAGGCAACAGUUAAUCCAACAACCAAUAGUACAGUGUCACAAGAUAGUGUUAUCAUUAUCAAUUCAACAAAUCACUCAAAUAUUAUUAAACCUGAAGUACCUGCAUUAAAUACUUUAUCUACGACUACAAAAGUGCCACCAGCAUUAACUAUUCCAGCAUCCAAAGUGUCCACUAGCAAAGCAGCUCCUGUAUCUGUCUUAGUCAGAGUAUCUGUUCCUCAAAUUCCAACUGUAAUCCCUGCCUCAAUUGCCAAUGCAAAUAUGCCAGUACCUUCAGCAUUGCCAGUUCCUGGCCAUUUAACAAGAACUGUAGCUCAAUCAUCUAUGCCUAUUUCAAUUCCAACACCAGCAAUUGUAACCAGUCCAAUUACUAGUAAUCCACCACAAUAUAGCAGUGCAAAACAGAGAUUAAAAGAACAGCUUCGCCAACACAACAAUAACAAUGCAAUUCACCCAGAGAACAUUAUAAGCCAGGCCAUGACUGAAGCUGUUGAUAUGGUCACUUCUGAAAAUCAUAAUGGCGUUUCUACUGUUCCUCAUGUACAAAUUGCAAGAAAUGGAGGGCAUUGGCAGACUAGCGAGGAUGAUGCACAACCAAAAGACAAAAAACGCCCACGACGUUCCCAAGAGGAGUUAGACCCAGAUGAAAGACGGAGAAAAUUUUUAGAAAGAAAUAGAGCUGCAGCAACUCGAUGCCGGGAAAAAAGAAAGAUUUGGGUUCAGCAGCUUGAAAAGAAAGCUGAUGACUUAUCUGAGACUAAUAGUCAACUUCAGGGAGAAAUCUCAUUGCUCAAAACUGAAGUWGCUCAACUAAAAUCCCUAUUACUAGCACAUAAAGACUGUCCUGUGACACUUGCCCAGCAAAAGAUGGCAUCACAGGGYCAACGAGAACAAGGUCAUGUCCAAGUAACAAAUUCUGGUCAUGUCCAGGUUACAGACACACCCAAUGGACCGGCAUUAACAAUUUCUCACAGUGACGUCACAGCAGAGGAUGUAGCUACUAGUGCACUCACUCAGAUGGCUCAACGAGUUGUCAUAGAAAACUAUGCAGGUCAAGCUAGCAACUGGCCACAGACAGAAUGAUCASAUGUUAGACAUAAAAUCACUAUCAUCGAACUAUAAACACAGUUCUAAAACAGCAAAAUACUCAAGAGUAUCUCAAAUACAAAUAUCAAUGCUCUUCGUUGUAUUCGGUUACUUAUUCCAAUACUUCAUCUGUCUUGGUAUACAUUAGACAAUAAAGCAAUCAUUGCCUCAAGAAGGCAAAUGACUUUUAUUCCUCAGUCCUCAGAUUAAGCUGCGCUUUGUUCAUGUACAAUAUACGUGUACAAUACUGUUCAUAUUACAUAGCUGUCCCAGAGACUUCUUUUUAUUUAACAAAAUCUAUGGGUUUUUAUACAUAGUGUAAAUUAUACUACAUUUAACCAAUUCAUAAUUACCGAAAUACUAGCAAUAGUAAAGACAUCAUUUCUACAUUUUAUUGUAACCAUGGUGAUUUAUUGUAGUAUUCAGGUGUGUCCAUCAAAAGUAAAAUAUACCAUAGCAAUGA